AUGUCCCUCACCAUCACAGCGUGCAAACACGCUGUGUCGUUCGUUCGCCGCUACCGCCUUCCCCGCAGCCAACGAGAUGACUCCAUCACGCCGGCCCACCAUCUCGAGCGGCGCUGCAGCAGGAGGACGAGGUGGGGAUCUCACGGAGUGCAUAGGUGGGCGAGAGCGGAUGUAGGUGGGGUCGUUUGCACACACCAGCGUCCUCCCUGCCUCUCGUUCGACCACCCUCGCGCGCUCUGCCGACUCGACGACCCUCGCACGAGCCCACGCGAGGCACUGUGCGCCCGCGCUUCGCAAAUUGCCCCUCUCUUGUCGCCUUACACAGCGACUAGCUGCUCGCUCGUGCGUGCAAACCCGCUGCAUUCUUCAUUCGCCACCGUCGCCGUCCCCGUGCCCAACGCGAUGAGUCGGUCACGCAGGCCUGCCCCGUCUGUCGCACACACCCUCGUCCCUUCACCACGACUCACGAACGCGCAGAUACAUGCGAGAUAUGGCGAUGCGUCGUCGGCGACGCAGGAGAAGGGCAAGUGGGUUGGAGGGGCGCCACAGGAUUCAGAGCAGGAAGAUCAUGAAGCGCACGGUGAACGAGCGCGCGUGGAAGGUCCUCGAGCUUGCACAGCGGUGUGCAAAGGCCACGCCCACAGAACGUCUCGCGGCUCUCUUCCCUCUCGAUUUGAUGGCUCGAAUACCAUACCGCACCAGAUCCUCGAUGGCAAUGGCCUCGAGCGCAUGGAAGACACGCCCGAGGAGCGCGCGCUCAUGCGCGAACUUGCCGCUGCGUCGAUCGUGCUGCUCAAGAACGAGGGUGGCGUCCUCCCGCUGAAGCCCAAGGUGCAAGGCAUCAAGAAGAUCGCGAUCGUCGGUGGGAACGCGAAGGCGGCGGUGCUGAGCGGUGGCAGGUCCGCUGCCCUGAAGCCGAGCUUCUUCGUGAGUCCAUACGACGGGAUCGUCGCAGCCCUCGGCAAGGUCGCGCCCGACAUCGAGGUCACGUACUGCGAGGGUGCAAGGGUGUACAUGCUCACGCCGAGCCUCGACUGGGACAUGUUCACCGAGGAUGGCCGGCAUGGGUGGAUGGGCACGUGGUACGCGCACGAGAGCGACGAGAGCAUAAUGCGGGUGAAGGAGCCACUGAAGACGCAGUACAUCGAUGAGACCAGGAUGUUCUUCAGCAUGAGCUAUCCCGUGGAGCUGACGAAGCUCUGGACGCUCAAGGUAACGGGCUUCCUCAAGCCAUGCGAGACCGACUGCGACUUUGAGUUCGGGCUCUCGUCUGCCGGGCGCACGAAGCUGUACGUCGACGGCGAGCUCGUGAUCGAUAAUUGGACGCGCCAGACGCGGGGCGACGCGUUCUCCGGCUCGGGAUUGACAGAGGACAAGGGCGUGGUCCCGCUCAAGGCAGGCGUCAAGCAUGAGAUCGUCAUCGAGUACUGCAACGUGCACGCGCUGGCGGCGGCCGACCCGGACGAGGCGGUGAUGGACUCUAAUCCGGGCGUGCAGCUCGGCGGGGUGAUGGUGGAGGACGCGGACGCGCUGAUGGCGUGCGCAGAGCGUGUCGCGGCCGAGGCGGAUGCGGUGGUCGUCGUCGUGGGAUUGAACGCGGACUGGGAGAUGGAGGGGUACGAUCGGACGACGCUUGCGCUCCCGGGGCAGACGGACGAGCUCGUGUGGCACGUGGCGAGGGCGAACAAGCGCAAGCACACGGUGGUCGUGACACAGGCGGGCUCGGCGAUCACGAUGCCGUGGGCGGAGGAGCCGGGCGUGCUGGGGAUCGUGCAUGCGUGGUAUUUGAGUAACGCGACGGGCGAGGCGGUGGGGGAUGUUUUGGUCCGGAGGGUGAAUCCGUGUGGGCGGAUGAGCUUGAUGUUUGGGAGGACGUUGGAGGAUUAUGCGAGUUUUGGGCAUUAUCGGUCAGAGAAUGGCAAGGUGCGGUAUGGAGAGGAUUUGUUUGUGGGAUACAAACAUUUUCAUCAUCGCGGGAUCGCGCCGCAAUGGCCCUUUGGCUACGGUCUCUCCUACACGAUGUUCGCCUUCUCCAACUUCUCCCGUGCGUCCGCGUCUGCCUCGCCGGUGCUGCGCCUAGCUAUAGGCUGGACAGAAUGCACCCCUGCAUUCCCAUCUCAAUAUUCCCACGGACCAUUUUCGAAGUUUUUAGCAAGUUGA